AUUCUACUUUAUUGAAGCUUCACAGGUCCUCAGACCUGUGGACGAGCUUCAAUUAAGGCAUGGAGGCACAUCUUGCCUUCCCAACUAUGCACGGCGUCUUUUCUCCCUCUUCUCGUUUAAACUUUACGAAAUGCGAAAUAUCUGAAUCCAGAUGCAAGCAUAGAAGAUUUCAAAAAGCUGCAAAAACUUUGAAUUUGACGAUUCUGCAGCACUCAUGUGUGACUGAGGAAAUUUCUCGUGAAAAUUACAAUAUUUUGAUUCGUAAGCAUUCCAGAGAAGGAAAUGUUGAUAAGUGCAUGGAGUUACUUGCUCAAAUGGAAUCUCUAGGGUUUCAUCCAAAUGCUACGUCGUAUAAUAUUUUGAUUGAGUCUCUGGGAAAUGUCGGUCGCACUCUCGAAGCUGAUUCAAUUUUCCAGGAGAUGAAAAAAUCUGGAUUUGAGCCUAAAGUGAUGGCGUACAAUGUCCUUCUUAGAGGAUUUCUUCGGAAAGGGCUUCUAGGGCUUGCAUAUAAUGUGCUCGACGAAAUGUAUCAAACAAAGAUAGCUAAGAAUCAGGAAACUUUUGAACUUCUUCUUGAAUAUUAUGUUGGUGCUAGAAGGCUGGAAGACACUUGGUUCGUAAUCGCUGAAAUGAAGGCAGAGGGGUUCAGUUUGAACUCCCAUAUAUAUAGCAAAGUUAUUGGUCUUUAUAGGGAUAAUGGUUUGUGGAGGAAAGCAUUAGAACUCAUGAGAGAAAUGACAGAGACAAAAAUUCCACUUGAUAGACGGGUUUACAAUAGUAUUAUUGAUACAUUUGGGAAGUAUGGUGAGUUGAAUGAAGCAGUAACAAUGUUUAGGAACAUGCAAAGGGAAGGCAUUAAACCCGACGUCGUGACAUAUAAUUCCUUAAUUCGAUGGCAUUGUAAAAGUGGGAGUGUCGAUAUGGCUCUAGAAUUUUUCACUCAGAUGCAAGAAGAAGGAUUAUAUCCUGAUCCUAAGAUUUUCGUUGCAAUUAUUAGCCGCUUAGGGGAAGAAGGGAAGUGGGAUUUGAUUAAGAAGAACUUUGAGAAUAUGAAGCAUAGAGGACUUUGGAGAAGUGGAGCAAUUUAUGCUGUUCUGGUUGAUAUCUAUGGGCAAUACGGUAGAUUUCAGAAUGCUGAAGAGUGUGUGCUGGCUUUGAAGUCUGAAGGAGUACAGCUUUCGGCGAACAUGUUUUGUGCAUUAGCAAAUGGUUAUGCUCAACAGGGAUUAUUCAAACAAACUGUGAAGGUUCUUCAGCUCAUGGAAACUGAAGGAAUUGAACCAAACCUCAUAAUGCUGAACCUGCUGAUAAACGCAUUUGGUAUUGCUGGAAGACAUUUGGAGGCACUAUCAAUUUUUCAUCACAUAAAAGAAAUUGGCAUCAGUCCUGAUGUGGUUACCUACAGCACACUAAUUAAAGCUUUUAUUAGGGCAAAAAAGUAUGACCAGGUUUUGGGAAUUUAUGAUGAAAUGCAAUCUGCUGGAUGCACUCCCGAUAGAAAGGCAAGAGAAUUGUUGCAAACAGCUUUGGGGGUCCUUGAAAAAAGACAAGGCCGUGGCUCUAAAUCGUAACACAACAGACACACAAAACUCUUGCUAGCCUUAUGAAGGAGGAUCAUCUCACAAAAGUGGAGGAAAUCUCUGAAUUAAUUAGGCAAACUAAUUACAAGUGAGAACCUGCGUAGAUACCUUGCUUGUAAUGGUGAAAUCUUGUUUUUUAACUAUCUUAUUGGUCACCCGGACGGAAAGUUUUCUAUCAUUGUCAAGGCAGGUAUCAGAUUCAGACAAACCCAUUAGAUUUAGUGUUAAUGUAGAGAAUGAAAUGGGUCUGGUUAAUGGUUUGAACUUUUAAUUUCAUGCUUUUCCAUACA